AUGGAUAUAUUGAGUUGGAACUGCAGGGGCAUCUGCAACUCCACUACUACGAUAGCCUUGCACGAUUUGAUAGCUCAAAACCAGCCUCAAAUUGUUUUUCUAUGUGAAACAAAGAUCAGCCAGAUUGGAAAUUUUAAGGAUCUUCAUCGAGAGUUAGGGUUUGCGCAUUAUAAAGAAGUUCUUAGUGAUGGGCAGUACGGUGGAUUGGGGGUGUUCUGGACGGAUGAUAUAGUGUUGUGGGUGCGCACUUUCUCAGCGCAUCAUAUUGACAUGGAAGUUAGUAGUGGCCCUGGUGAACCUCGUUGGAGACUCACAGGUUUUUAUGGUUAUGCUCGUACCAGUGAACUUGACUUAUCUUGGCAACUAAUCAGAGACUUAUGUGAUCUUGAUUCCCUUCCUUGGGUCAUCAUCGGGGAUUUGAAUGAGAUAUUGAACAAUGGUGAGAAAACUGGUGGUCCAAUUCGUCCUGAACGACAGAUGCGUGGUUUUAGGGAAGCUUUGGGGUACAGUGAGUUGAUUGAUUUAGGGUUCCAGGGGGCAAAAAUGACUUUGUGGAAUUCUGAGACUCAACUCAGACUUGAUAGGGCAGUCGCAACUGCAAGUUGGAGCGAUGGUUUUGGGCAUUCUAGGGUCCAGAUCCUUGCCCCAAGUGACUCAGAUCAUACACUGAUCUUACUUCAGGCUAGCAGUGUUCCACUACCUAAACGACCACGCAGACAUAGAUUCAAAUUUGAAUCUUUUUGGUUGCAGCAUGAAGAGUGUGAUCCGUUGGUGCUAGACAAGUGGCAAACUGAUUUUGAAGGGGUUCUAAUGUAUGCAUUGACCAGAAAGAUCAUAUGUACACGUCGAGCUCUAGAAACAUGGCAGCAGCAAACUUUUAGAUUUCAGCAGCAGCAAAUGUUUGAAGUACGGGGCCGAUUGGAGUUUUUGAUGGGUCAACAGUUAUCUGUCGAACUUCAUGACGAGAAGAAAAAUCUAAUAGCUUCAUUGCAGGAUCUAUUAUCCCAAGAAGAGGCUUUUUGGAAGCAACGAGCGAAGGUUACUUGGCUACAGGAAGGAGACAGAAAUAGUGGUUUCUUUCACAUGAAGGCAACUAACAGAAAGAGGAAAAAUUCUCUUUUGGGCUCUUCUCUGGAUAGUGAGGCAGUGGAAUUUACUUUGGCUGCUAUCAAGCCCUGUGUCACUGAGGAGAUGAAUCAGAGUCUGUGUGAGCAGUAUACAGAGGAAGAAGUGCAGUAUGCGUUGUUCCAAAUGUAUCCUACUAAAUCCCCAGGGCCAGACGAGUCGAUGGGGGAUUUGAGACCUAUUGCUUUAUGCAACGUGAUCUACAAGUUACGUUCGAAGGUAAUUGCCAACAGAUUGAAGGUUUUUUUGCCUGCUCUUAUUUCUCCUUUCCAAAGUGCUUUCGUGCCAGGGAGAUUAAUUACUGAUAAUAUCUUAGUAGCAAAUGAAGUGGCUCAUUUUGUUCAUAAUAAAAGGCAGGGUCAGGAUGGAUAUAUGGCUCUAAAUUUAGAUCUCAGCAAGGCUUAUGAUCGAAUGGAAUGGACUUUCUUACGCAAAUUGUUGUUGCGUUUUGGGUUUGCUCCGGUUUGGAUUGAAGUUGUUAUGCAAUGUGUCACCUCUGUGAGAUACUCUUUUCUGGUACGUGGUAAGCCUCGAGGUUAUGUGAUUCCUUCUCGAGGCUUGAGACAAGGAGAUCCCCUCUCCCCUUAUUUAUUUCUACUUGGGGCUGAGGGUUUCUCAAACUUUCUACAACAGAAACAAGAGUUGGGUGGCAUGGAGAUUGUGGAUUCACAUGAAAGGUAUCUUGGUUUGCCUACUUAUGUGGGACGCAAGAAGACUACUACAUUUGAGUAUAUUAAGGAGAUGCUUGGUGAGAAGUUGAAACUUUGGCAAGGCAAAUUGCUUAGUGGGGCUGCAUGGAGGGUGGUCUCUAAUCCGGAGUCUUUGGUGGCACAAUUAUAUAAGGCGCGUUAUUAUCCUGAGGGUGAUUUUUGGAAUGCGACUGCGCAUGCUUCACCUUCUUAUUCUUGGAGUAGUAUUUUUGCUACAAGGGAUUUUAUCCAGACUGGUGCUUUUUGGCAAGUGGGUAAUGGACAUAAUGUCUCUGUGUGGAACGAUGCCUGGAUACCCAAGUUACCUGCUCAUAAGCCUCUUGGUGCUUUAGUGAGUCAACAUAAUGUGAAUAUGGUGGAUGAACUGAUUACUCCUCCAAGUAAUUGGAAUGAGAGCAAGGUGCGUUCCAUUUUUACUCCUGAGGAUGUAGAAGCAAUACUUGCUAUUCCUUUGAGCUCUAGACAACCAGAAGACAGGUUAACAUGGCAUUUUGAGAGAAAAGGUAUGUUCACUGUCAAAUCAGCUUAUCAUUUUGCUUUCUCAAAAAAUGCUUCUACUCUUCCUCCUUCUGUUAUGGCUAAUCAAGCGGCUAUUGGAUUUCUGGUUAGGGAUGCCAAUGGUAAUUUUGUCAGUGCAAUUGGGAAGCCUGUUAUUUUCGAGACAGAUUGCUUAGUUUUGCAGCAACAGUUGACUCAAGCUAGAACUCCAAAUACCUCAUUCCUUGGGAGGCUCUAUGAGGAUAUAGGUGACGAUUUAUCACUUAUGGUCAGUUCAAGAAUUGUUCAUGUCAGAAGGGAGGCAAACAAGGCUGCGCAUGCUUUGGCAGACUAUGCUUCGGCACAAGAUCAGAACUUCUUUUUCCUUUCUGUUCCUUCUUUUAUUCAUACUGUAAUUGGUGCUGAAAAGCAUGUACCUUGA